ACCAGCUGAAGAAAAGCCGCUCCACCCCUCAUCACGUGAACGCGCACUGACGCGCACGGACACUGUUAGGAAACAGCUUCAUCGCCUUUUAGAGAUCAACCAAAGAAACAUCGAAGCGUGUUGCUGCUUUCAUCGCCAACCAUGCGUCUAAACAGGUCAUUGGGUGGACUGCAGGCUGCUCUGCUGCUGUUUUUGGCCUGCUGUCAAUGCGUCUCAGCACACACCGAUACUCUGCUUCCUCCAGAGGUCUCUCAGUACAAUGGAACCCUGUAUGCAGCCUGCAAAGUGAGACCCAGCACUUUAUUUCCCGAGGGGCUUCCCAAGGUAUACGGCCAGGUGCUGUUCAAACAGGAGCAUUCAGAACAAAGGCUUCAUGUCCUUCUCCGCCUUAGUGGCUUCCCUGAAGAGGCUUCUUCAGAACCAAGAGCCGUGCACAUCCAUCAGUACGGAGACCUCAGCAGGGGAUGUGACUCAACCGGUGGCCACUACAACCCAUAUGGUGUCAACCACUCUCAACACCCAGGAGACUUUGGGAACUUCUCCCCUCAGGAGGGGAAAAUCAGUGCACUGAUUGAAUCAGAUGCUACGCUGUUUGGAGGCCUGUCUGUGCUUGGAAGGGCGGUGGUGAUCCACGAAAAGAUGGACGACUUGGGGCGUGGCGGAGACGCCGGAAGCCUGUUGCAUGGCAAUGCAGGCCGUCGGCUGGCAUGCUGCGUCAUCGGGAUGUCCUCCUCCAGCCUUUGGGAGGUUCAACAUCUGUGUGCCGCAAGGCAGUUCAGGAGGGGCUAGGCCCAACACAGGGAAGUGUUGUUCCCAGCAGAAUCUAUCCCGGUGUUUAAAUAGGUUUCCACAAAGAUACAAAAAAACAACUAGUAAUUGCUUACUAACAGUUGAAAUUACAGUAUUUUAUAGAUAAUAGCUUUUCUGACAAUUUCACUUGACCUAAAUGAAUCAAAUAUGAGCCUACAUAACUUGUCUAAACCUGUAACGUUUUUCUUUGAACAAUAAAAAGUUAUCCUGAUAAAACUUUGUA